CAAGAGCGUCUUCAGCCAGGAGUAGAGCUUCAGGAAUAGAGCUUCAAAGUUUCAGGAACAGAGCUUCAGAGCUUCAGGAGUAGAGCUUCAGAAUUUCAGAACAGAGCUUCAGACUUUUGCGUCCCUCUCAGUGCAACAGCAGUGGUCACAUUCUCUAAUUUGGGGCUGUUCGACCUUUUCCCUUUUUAGAGCAAUUUUGGGGUAGUUUCACCUUGAUUCUUCAUUGUCACCAUUGCUGCAGCAUCAACACAUGGCUCCAAAUCGAAGACCUACUUCCGAGAUGAUUUCCGUCGUUACGGUGUUGCAAGGUGAUUGGAUUGCUGAUUCGUCCAACCUUGAAGAGGCGGGGCAAUUCUUGCGCUUCCCGUCAACUCACAUACGGUCUUCUUCUUCGUCAGAGGCUAAAGAGCUUCAACUUAUGGUGCUUGAGUCAACCAGUGGUCCUUAUGCCAUCGAAGGACUUUCUCAUCUACCUGCAUUAGAGAUGCCCAAGUUGUGUGAAUAUGUGACCUCGGAAGGAAAAGCUUCAACAGCAAGCCAUGCUGGAUCUCUCCCCUCCUUGGUGCUUCCAUCCAAUCAUGUGACUGAACAUGCAACACCAAAAGCAGUCGUAACACAGUCGAUUGGUCGAGGAGCGAGCAAAUGGUGUGAAUCCAUUGAUCAUUUGGGAAAGAUACCAUUCCUAAGUGGCUUCUGGGAUUGGUCAAACUACACAGCCAAGAUGCUAAGUCGUCACAAGAUGGGAGCUUUAGCAGAUGCAGUGUCAUUGGCCAAUAAUGACUAUUGUUGUCCUUCGAGUAUGCUUCGUGCCCUCAUUGAGGUAUGGUCUCCUAGUACAAAUACCUUUUUAACUUCUGCAGGAGAGGUUGGAAUUUCUCUCCUAGAGAUGCGAGAUAUUUCUGGCUUGUCAAUUCGAGGAGCCUACUACGAGGAGGUGAUUCCAAGUUACAAAGAACUCACAGAGGACUUACCACCUUACUACUUACUUCUAUUUAAAGCAUUUGCCACGAUCGUCCAAAGGGAGAAUUCUGAGCGUGUAACUUACGCUGAUUGGCUCGACUUCUGGUAUAAUCGUAACCCACCCUAUGCCGAUCCAUUCAAGAGCAAACGAUAUUUAGAUAUGUCCGAGUUGAAGUAUGAUGGCAAUGGGAAUGUGAUUUCAGUUCCUAAACUUGACCGCCCAUUGAAAUGGACAUUCGGACAUGAGAGGAAACUUAGGGGUGUACCAGAACAAUGGGAUCGACUUGGCAUGUUGGAUGUUACUUUGGAGGUAAAUGAUAGAGAAAAACUUUUAAUUGCUGCUUAUCUUUGUGUUUGGCUUGGUAGAUUUGUUUUUCCAGAUGGGGAAGAAUUUGUUAGAGUCGGAACUUUCAAAGCUGCAGCCCAAAUGGCAAUCGGUGUUACCUAUAGCUUGGUUCCUCCUAUCUUGGCAUGCAUCUAUCGUGGACUUGGACAAUUGACAAAAGUACCUGAAGGUUCAUGGGUACAUGCAACUGAAACUCCUCCUUUUCCUGGACAUUAUUUAUAUGCUUGGAUUGGUUUGCAUUUCCCCCACAAGACUUUUGCAGCUAGAUAUGAAGCUUCUCUACCUAUGGUUCGGCAAUUUCGUGGGAUUUUGAAUGCCUACCAGCCUUGGGAACCAAAGGUAGCAGAUUGUCGUGCAGUUUUACGAGGUAAUUUAUCCUCAGACGACUUUUGUUGGACUCCAGUGCCUUUACCAACCCACCCUGGACCUCGAGUUGAUGAUGGACAACGACGGGCUGACACUUUGGAUUUCAUGGUGAGCAUCAGAGCAGGUUAUGUGGUGCUUCGCCAAGAAGGCCGCUUCACAAAGAAGUCUUAUAAUCCUCACCGAUUUGCUAGACAGCAUGGAUUUCAACAAAGACUUCCAGGAAGACAUGUCAAAUUGCCUCAUGGUGGUGAAGUGUCAGAUCUUUAUCGCUUUUGGUUAUCUUUAACCCGAGUACAUAGCAACACAUUUCUUCAUAUCCCCUCAGUUGAAGGCGGAGUAACAUCUAGGGUUGACCCAGCUUAUGUGAAGUGGUGGAAUGAAGAAGUUUUUCCUUCAAUUUCUGCAAUGAGCAUCCAAUUCUUGAAGGCUAGCGAGGCUAGAAAUUUCAUCCCAUCCUUAAUGAAGAGCACAGUAAUCAGACCUCAAGGGAAGGGGAAACAGCUUCAAGCACUAUUGUCUCCCUCACAGAAGCGAAAUAAUGCUGAUGACCCUAGUCCAUCUUCAAAGAAGCAAAAAUGCAACAGAAGUCCUCAAAGAGAGCCAGACUCUUUACAACAUUCACUUUCUACGCCUGCUGCCCAGCAAACCACCCGUCAAGCUUUGUAUGAAGAAAUAUUUAGCUCCCCAGAAUUAAGAGGACUACCAGGAGAUGAAGAGAUGAUUGGUGCUCUAGAUGAUUUUCUCGAGACAGACACUCUUGAGAUACUUGGAUCACUUCCAAGUCAAAUUGAUGGAGGAGUUCUAUCCUUAAAUGUUGGUGAGCAAGGAACUGCCGAAGAUGGGGAAGUUGACUCUCAUGACAGACAACCAAGUGUGAAGGAAAUCGUUGGACUUAAUCCUCCUGCCAUGACAUCAUCUAAUCCACUGAAACUUAAGCCUACAUUCUCUUGCAUCACAAAGCCUUUGGAACCAAUUAGCUCUCAAGCACUGGUGAAGCCCAUCCUUUUUAAAGCUAUGAGUAACUAUGUGCAAGAGGAAUUUUCACGAGGCUUGCAGAAUGGCUUUUCUGGGCUUGGACAGUGGUGGGCAGAGCGAUCUUCUGCAAUUUCAGAAGCACUCCAACUCUAUUUCCGCAUGGAUGUUGGACCUUUACUCAAGACGAUGGAUGCUUACCUAUCUAAGGUAAAUCUUUACUUAGCAAAACGAGAUGAGGUCUCCACUGGCUUGGAUGUUGAAGAAAGAGAUAAAUCUCUUGCUACCUUACAGAAGGGGAUAUCAUCAAAUCAAAUCGUCCAUGACUCUCUUUCAAAGGAAAUCAAUGAACUCACCAAGAAGAAGGGAUCCUUAGAGAGUAAGAUUGAAAGUUUGAAGAAGGAGCUAGAAUCAGUUGAGCAGCAACAUAGUGAUGUGACUUCCACACUUGAUUUGCUCCUUGACAAGAGGCAGACAGCAGAAGAACAACUUCAGUCCAACCAAGCAAAAUUGAUAGAAUUGGAAAACUCCAAAGUUGUAGCUGUUGAGACAGUCGCUGAAGUGGAGAAGAUGCGACAAGACCUUGAAAGUGAGUUUGAAGCCAUUGCAAAGGGAACUUGGUUUGAAAACAACAUGUGAUGUUGUUCAUUUUGUAUUCUUUCCCCUUUUUAGACUUUGAGCAUUCCUUUUCAAAGACUUGUCAAAUUUGGGCUUUAGCCACUUUGUGAAUAAAUAAGAUGCAUUUUCUUCACUUUUGUUGUUCUCUUUGCUUUGCUUUCUUUGCUUGACAUAGACAUUUCUCCCUUUGUUGGACACUUGAAAUGAACCAUAAUCAAAAGCAAACUUAAAU